AGCUCCAGCCCUUGUUUCCCUAGCGGACUCUGGAGAGCCACGCACGGGAAUCAUCCAUACCUGGCAGGAGGACUCUGCGCUUCCCCAGAAGGACCAGGAGAAAAUGACCAAGUGCCAGGAGAUGGUGACCUUCAAGGAUGUGGCUGUGGUCUUCACCGAGGAGGAGCUGGGGCUGCUGGACCUGUCCCAGAGGAAGCUGUACCGAGACGUGAUGCUGGAGAACUUGCACAACCUGGUCUCAGUGGGACAUUGGAAUCAAAAUGAGAUAGAGACUCUUCAAAUAGUAGGAUUAAGUUCCCUUUUUCAUGAAGACCUCGUGUGUUGGCAAAUAUGGGGACAACUCACAAGUAAGUUAAUCAGAAAUCAAGAAUUGAUAAUAAAUCUGCAAGGCAAGAAGUCUGAUUUGCCAAAACAAGUUGAUUCCUCCUGUCAGUUGUGGGCAGGAGAAUCUACUCAGGUUUCUGAAGAUGAGAACCAUGUAAUAAAGCUUCAAGGGGAAGUUCAGAGUUUCAAUAGUAUAAAAAAUCAAGAAUUUCCUAUAAAGACCACUGUUGAUUUCUGGAAGAAAAUGUAUCCAGGAGAGUCACAGAAUUAUCAAAGUAGGUAUCAGCAGAUUGACAAAAGAUAUGAACUGAGAAGGAGCUCUCAUGACCAUGAUGUUGAUCUGGAAGUACCCAAAGGUGAGAAGUCUUAUAGUCACAAGAAUUGUGGAAAUGACUUCAUGAAGAAAUCAUUGCAGCAUAGUGUAAUCCACUCAGGAGAGCAAACCUCUGAUGAGAAUGGGAAAGGCUUCAGCGUUGGCCGUAAUGUUGAACAUCAUCAGCAGUUGCACCUAGGAGCAAAAGCCCAUGUGUGUAGUGAGUUUGGGGAGGAAUUUAGUCAAAUCUCACCUCUCCAAAUUCAUCAGAGAGUCAACACAGGAGAGAAACCCUACAAAUGUGAAGAGUGUGGGAAAUGCUUCAGGUGGAGCUCAUGUCUUCAUGUUCAUCAGAGGAUCCAUACAGGAGAGAAUCCAUAUAAAUGUGGUGUGUGUGGUAAGAGCUUUAAACAUAACUCACAGCUUAAAGUUCAUCGCCGAAUCCACCCACGUGAGAUACUCUACAAUUGUGCUGUGUGUGGUAAGAACUUCAGUGGAAGUUCAAAACUUCAAGCUCAUCAGCGUGUCCACACAGGAGAAAAACCAUAUAAAUGUGAUGUAUGUGGAAAGAGCUUCAGGCAGUGUUCUUCUCUUCAAAACCAUGAGCGAAUACACACUGGAGAGAAACCCUACAAAUGUACUGUGUGUGAUAAGAGCUUCAGUCGGAGUUCAAACUUUGGAGCCCAUUGGCGUGUGCACACAGGAGAGAAACCCCACAAAUGUGCUGUGUGUGGUAAGAGCUUCAUUUCUUCCUCGACUCUUCACAACCAUCAUCGAAUCCACACUGGAGAGAAACCCUACAAAUGUGAACAGUGUGGGAAAUGCUUCUCAUGUAAUUCUUCCCUUAGGGUACAUCGGAAAAUUCACACAGGAGAGAAGCCCUAUGAAUGUGGUUUCUGUGGUAAGAGGUUCAUUCAAACUAAAGGCCUUCGUGCUCAUCAGCAAGUUCACACUCGCAAGUAACCCUACAAAUGUGAAGAGUGUGGGAAAGUCUUCAUGAGGAUCUUGUGUCUUCAUGUUCAUAAGAAGAUCCAUACAGGAGACAAACCCUAUAAAUGUGGUAUGUUUAGUAAGCGCUUCAGCCAUACCUCCAUUAUAAGAAAUAAGAAACCAAGUCAAGUCAGCAGAGACAAAAAAGAUUUCUCAGUGUGCCUAAUUGAAAUGAAUAAAAGUGGGUCAGGAUGUCCACCUGGUUAAAAAUGAUUCUGUAUUACUUCUUUUGUGAUUCUCUCACCUCUGCCCUCUGGUUGAGUUGGUUCCCACCCACUAAUAGGAUAUUUGCUUAAGGAAUUAGUGUUCUGUUAACCUAGAGCAUAGCUUUAUCUAAAUACUUCUCAAGCAGUUUUUACUGACUUUCCUUUGUCAAUCUCAGUCAUUUGCAGACUUGGCAUUUUCAAGUAUACUGUAU